AUGGCACCUCCUCGCAAAGCUCUCAUCGCGGUGACAUCUGCACAUGCUCCUUUGUACCCUGAGGGCAGAGAGACCGGAAUGUUUGUGACUGAGGCGCUGCAUCCUUACAACGUGUUUGUGAAAGCCGGCUUUGAGGUCGACCUCGUCUCCGAGACUGGAUCGUACCAGGCAGACUGGCUGUCACAACAGAAGGAUUGGCUGGAAGGAGAAGAUCGAAAGACCUGGGAGGAUCCUCAGAGUCCCUUCCGGCAAAAGAUCGAUGCGCAUCUAAAGCCGUCAGACAUUGAUCCAAGCAAAUACGGCAUUUUCUUUGCAUCUGCAGGUCAUGCUUCAUUGAUCGAUUACCCCGACGCCAAGGGCUUGCAGUCUAUCGCUUCUAAGAUGUACACCGAUGGCAGUAUUAUCUCUGCAGUUUGCCAUGGAGGCGCUAUAUUCCCGGGCAUUAUCGAUCCGAAGACGGGCAAGUCGAUUAUUUCUGGCAAGAAAGUCACUGGAUUCACGACCAAAGGCGAGGAAGAAGAGGGCGUCCUCGACACGAUCCAAAGCUGGAAUAGACCUACCAUUGAAAAGACCGCUGCCGACUGCGGCGCGACUUACAUAAGUCCACCAGGGCCCUGGGACUCGUUCACUCAGACCGAUGGUCUUGUCGUCACUGGCGCGAAUCCAGCUUCCGCCCAUGCAACUGCUGAAGCUGCUGUGAAGGCAUUUGACCAGUUGUGA